AUGAUCCUGCUUCAGUGGUGUGUGGCGUGGCUGCUGCUGCCACUCUGUUCCAGGGCCCAGAAGUUACCUACCAGAGAUGAGGAACUUUUUCAGAUGCAGAUCCGGGACAAAGCAUUUUUCCAUGACUCAUCAGUUAUCCCAGACGGAGCUGAAAUUAGCAGCUAUCUCUUUAGAGACACACCUAAAAGGUAUUUCUUUGUGGUGGAGGAAGACAAUACACCCCUAUCUGUUACAGUCACACCAUGUGAUGCUCCUCUAGAAUGGAAACUGAGUCUGCAAGAGCUCCCAGAAGACACCAGUGGAGAAGGAUCAGGUGAACCAGAACCACUGGAACAGCAGAGGCAGCAGAUUAACAAUGAUGAGGGCACUGAGUUAUUCUCCUACAAAGGCAAUGAUGUCGAGUACUUUGUGUCUUCGACAUCCCCUUCUGGCUUAUACCAACUGGAGCUUAUUUCAACAGAAAAGGAUACUCAUUUUAAAGUAUAUGCCACCACGACCCCCGAGUCAGAUCAGCCAUAUCCUGAACUCCCCUAUGACCCGAGGGUCGAUGUGACCUCUCUGGGACGUACGACAGUUACUUUGGCAUGGAAGCCAAGCCCCACCGCAUCUUUGCUCAAACAGCCAAUUCAGUAUUGUGUGGUCAUCAACAAAGAACACAAUUUCAAAAGUUUCUGCGCUGUCGAAGCCAAACUCAGUGCGGAUGAUGCCUUCAUGAUGGCCCCCAAACCUGGACUGGAUUUUAGCCCUUUCGACUUUGCCCAUUUUGGUUUUCCAUCAGACAGCAAUUCCGGGAAGGAGCGCGGCUUCGUAACGAAGCCAUCUUCUAAGCUAGGUCGCCAUUUUUAUUCAAAGCCCAAGGUUGACAUCCACAAGAUCUGCAUCGGGAACAAGAAUAUCUUCACUGUGUCCGACCUGAAACCCGAUACACAGUACUACUUUGACAUGUUUGCAGUGAACAGCGAUAGCAACAUGAGCACCGCCUACUUGGGCACUUUCGCAAGAACCAAAGAGGAAGCCAAACAGAAGACAGUGGAGCUGAAAGAUGGGAAGGUUACAGAUGUAUUUAUUAAGAGGAAGGGGGCAAAGUUUCUACGGUUUGCCCCUGUGUCUUCCCAUCAAAAGGUCACCUUCUUCAUUCAUUCCUGCCUGGACGCUAUCCAGAUCCAAGUCAGGCGAGAUGGGAAACUUCUCCUGUCCCAGAAUGUCGAAAGCGUCCGCCAGUUUCAGAUCAGGGGAAAACCGAAAGCCAAGUAUCUCGUCAGGCUGAAAGGCAACAAGAAAGGAGCCUCUAUGCUGAAGAUCCUGGCCACCUCGAGACCCAGUAAGCAGUCAUUCCCCUCCUUACCUGAUGAUACUCGAAUCAAAGCCUUCGACAAGCUCCGUACCUGUUCCUCGGUCACAGUGGCUUGGCUGGGCACUCAGGAAAGAAACAAGUUCUGCAUCUACAAAAAGGAGGUGGAUGAUGACUACAGUGAUGAGCAAAAGAAGAGGGAACAGAAUCAGUGUCUGGGGCCAGAUACAAGGAAGAAGUCCGAAAAGGUUCUCUGUAAAUAUUUCCACAGCCAGAACCUGCAGAAAGCAGUGACCACAGAGACGAUCAGAGGCCUCCUGCCACGCAAAUCAUACCUGCUGGAUGUGUACGUCAUAGGGCACGGAGGGCACUCGGUGAAGUAUCAGAGUAAACUGGUGAAAACAAGGAAGUUCUGUUAGAAGUACAGAUCCACUGUACGGAACUCCAAGCGGAGCUUUAGCUUCCCUUCAGUAUAAAGAUUGACUACUUGCACAGCUGAGAGAAGUUGUGACCCAUAUUUGUACUGCGUAAGAAAAGCUAGCCUCCUGCAUAUUUAUGUUUACAUAAUUCAUGUUCAAGAGGAACGAGCCACAUGCUCUUGGAAGGCAUCUGGCAGUUGUAUGAUUCUGUGUCAGGUGCUCCCUGUUUGAUGGUCUCGACGGUGUCCGGGACAGUGGGAAGACUCACAGGAACGGCCAUCCCUUGCUUCCACCUUUGCAUGAACUGCUUCUAAAUUAUUUUAUUACAAAGUCUGAAACAGGUCACUCAGUGCGCACAGCCUCCAAUGCAAAUAUCUUUGCCCCAUAGAUACUAGGAUUUCUGUAAAUUAUUUUAUAAAGUCUCAUUUUAAAUGUCUGUGUUUCUAUGAUUGUAAACUAUUAAAAUUCAUCCCCUGUUAAAGUACAGAUCUAAUCUAAGUAUGAAUGGGACUGCUCCCCAGCAGGUUUCGUUGCUAUUGUAAAUGCUUUGUGUUAAAUGUUUAAAUACUGUAUGUAUUUCAUGUACAAAGUUGUGAUACAUUAUAUUCCUGUACAUAAAAUUAAAAAUACUAGAUUAUACACGG